AUGGGUAAGUUACUAUGUGAUUCAACCACUGCCGCUGAACCGUUUCAAGGUUCGCCGGCGGCGGCACUGCCAUGGAUCGAUUCCAAAUCUCCGACUCCAAUGGAGGCCAUGGGAGCCGUAGAUCUCGUCGUUCCGAUGAAUCUUGCGAACGAGGCUUUCACCAGCGGCGGCUGGGAGGACGUGGUUGGUUUGGAGGAGUCGCAGAGGCGUCACCUCCAGAGGCUUCACGCUAAGGGCGUUCUUUGGAAGCCUCCGGAGACGGAGGAUUCGUCAGAUCAAAGAUCCGUCGUCUUCCGUUUAUCUUACGGCGGCGAGGUUUCCUCCGACGGAAACUGUCUUUUCACGGCGUCGCAGAAGGCGAUGGCUGUUGAGGAUGUUGAUUCACGGGAACUGAGACGGAGGACGGUGAGGAGGUUCUUGGAAGAUUUUGGAUCUGUGAGUUUUGAGGAGGGAGAAGCGAUCGAUGACGCGAUUCGGCAUAUGUAUUCGCCGGAUCUGAGGUUUGGUUGGGGUAUUCAUGUUGUUCAGGAGGUGAAAUUGUUGGCUAAGAAGGAGGAUCGGUUUUCUCUUGAUUCUGCCAUCAAUGAACUCAUCCACCUCGGCAUGCAAAGAGAAAUGGCGGCAGAGUCUAUUUACAAAGAAAGAUGCAUUCCGGUGAAUGAUGGACCGACAUGGGCCAAAUACAUGUUGAUUUCUGGUUCUCCUGAGGAUGAAUAUGAUAUCAUCACUUUGCAAUAUACUGAGGAGGGUUUAUUAUCUGUUGAUGAGAAUAGGGAGGGUCGUGCUGCAGCUUUUGGUGAUGAUAUUGCAAUUGAAUGUCUUGCUACAGAGUUCAAGCGCGAGAUAUAUGUGGUGCAAGCGCAUGGUUCAGAUGCCAUGGUUGAUGAAGAAAAUUGUUUGUUUUUCCUUCCGCAUCGUCCAAGGAGCGAAAUUGCAGAACUUCCCUUUUUCCUUUUCAUGAAAGGAACAGGUUGGUGUGGUGCUGGAGCUGACCACUAUGAGCCCUUGAUCGCUCAUCCUUCUGCCUAUGUUUCCCAAGAAAAGGUUGCUGUGGUACUGUGA